CCAGCUCCUGGAACAACAAGAGGGAGCAGGAAACUCCAUCCCCUCGAGCUAGAAAGGGCCCGUCCUGAAGAGAAAGCCUCUGGCCUGUGGGAGCCUCGGGCUAAAUCAUGUUUAGUCCGAGGAUCGUCCUGCUAAACAGCCCGUGGGAAAUCCAGGGCGUACAAUAGGGUAUGUUGCAGCUCGAUGAUAGCUCGAUAGAGAUCGAUAGAGCUCGAUGACAACUUAUUUCAGUGUUUUUUUGAAAUUUUUUUUAUUCUGUUUUCUUACAAAUUUUUUUUCAUGUGUUGUUACAGAUGCCUAAGUUGCUUGUUCCGUUCAGUGAUCACUUUCUUGGUCGAGUGACAUAUCGGGGUAGUAGUACUUUAAAUCACAUCAAGACCAGGUUUUUGGAGCUCGGGCUGCUUGAAAGGGCUAAGGAAUCCCCUUUUAAGCAAUUCUUUUUGGCUUCGGAGUUUAAUUUCUCCGGAGUCUUGGUGCAUCAACUGUUGCUGAGGAAAAUCGCCAGCAACAACGAAGAUGAGGUGCAUUUUUUCUUGGGGUCGAAGUCUUGUAGAUUCGGCAUGGGAAAGUUUGCCCUGGUGACGGGGUUGGAUUUCAGUGCCUUCCCGUCACCAGAAGAGUUGGAAGGGCGUAAUCUCAGCGAUCGGUUGAUAAAGGAGUAUUUCAACGAUGCUGAGAAAGUAAAGCUGUCACAGGUGGACCAUGCUUUCAAGACUUGUACGGUUGUGGAAGAUGUGUACAAGCUUGGUCUAUGUCUGUUUGUUGAGGGGGUUCUGAAUGCCAUUGAGGGCAAACUGCACAUUUGGCGAGAUAUUCUAAAAAUUGUUGAGAAUGUAGAGUACUUCUUCAGCUAUCCAUGGGGGAAGUACUCUUAUAGGAGGCUAUUGCAUUCUUGUAAGAAGGACAUGGUGAAGCAAAAGGCCAACUAUGAUGCCAAGAAGGAUGCCAAGGUGCAGCAAGAGUCCAAAUACAGUAUGUAUGGUUAUGCCCCCGCCUUACAGUACUGGGCAUAUGAGGCUAUCCAACAGCUUGCGGUGGAGCUUGUUGUGAGCUCGGGAAACAUGUUCCCGAGGAUGCUUAGCUGGUCGCAUCGGAGGAACAAGGAUUUCACCAAGUCCGUCAUCGCACCGAUAUUAUUGAAGAAGAAUUUAAUUGUUCUUCCGAUGUUGAAGCCUCGGCCAGCAGAAAAAGACUAUUACUUGUCUUUGACUGAGGGAGAUCUUCCCCUUUAUCCUGGGCUUGGCCAGGAUCCCUCGGAGACUGAUGAGGAGGAGGAUGCGACUUUUGAGAAAAUGGCAGAGAAAGUUUCUCAGGCUGCCGAGGCAGCCAAGAUAUUUGUUGAUGCUGCCCCGGGGGAGGAGGUUGCAGGUCCCACCCCUCCUAUUCCCCCAGCCUCAGCCCCAGCCUCAACCUGUGCCCCAACAUCAGCCCCAGCCUCAGCCCCAGCAUCAACCUGUGCCCCAACAUCAGCCCCAGCCUCAGUGUCAGCCCCAACACCAACCCCACCACCAGCCUCAGCCUCAGCCCCUGAGCUGGCCGACUUGAUUGGGCGGUUGGACAGAGUCGAGGGUCGACAGGAGACCCUCUUGAAGAACUAGUCAGUGAUCUUGGACGUACUCAGUCAGAUCCUGACAUUUGUUAAGGAGAAACCGAGGGGGUCCAAUGAAGAUUCAGAGUCAGAGUCAUUGGAUAUUCCGAACCUAUCGAGCCCUUGUAAUAUAAUACAACAUAUCCUACCGAGCUCUUAUCGAGCUCCUAUCGAGCUCAUGUCGAGCUCCAUGUCGAGCUCAUAUCGAGC